AUGGAAAAUGUAAAGGAUAAUCACAAUCAAUUACAACUACUUUUACCUGUUCAACAGCAACAACAACAACCAUUGGUAGUAGUUGUAAAUGAAGGUGAAGAAAGCUUUCAAUUUGAUUUCUCAAGUGAUAAGAGUUUAAACAAUAACAAUAAUAAUAGUAACCAAAGUAAUAAUAAUAAUCAUAAUAAUACUACUACUACUACUAUUAAUAAUCAAUCAUUUAAUAAUAUACUUUCAACACCAAAAGAGUUUAUUAAAAAGAUUGCAAGAGUAGAAAAGAAGUUAGAUAGAUUCGAGAAAAAGUAUCUUGAAAAGGCAAUCAUUGUUAAUCUACAUCAAAGAGAUAAUCAUAAUCAUAAUCAUAAUAAUAAUCAUAGUAAUGAUACGAGUCGUGACAAUAGUAUAGUGAUUGAUGAAUCACCAAUAACCCAAAAGAGAAAGAAAUUAAAAACUGAUCUUUUGCCACCUCUUUUCUUUUCCACUCCUCAUCUACCUCCUCCCAUUCAAGCAACGACAAUGACAAUCGAUGGUGAUGGUGAGGAGAUCGAGGAUAAGGAGGAAAAGGAAAAGAGGAAAAGGAUUGAAGAGGCAGAAUCGGCAAAGAUAAUAGAAGAGGAGUUGAAAAGAAAAGAACAAUUGGAACAGGAGAAAAGACAACUCAAAGAGAAAAUGGUACGAUUCAAAGAUCAGUUGGUACAAGAGCUAGCAGUCAAGUUUCCAACCACCAGACUCAAAGAAGAUGAAUUACGUGGUUAUGCAUUCAAAGGGUUCAUAUCUCCAUUUCCAGGUGCAUCUGACCCUCAACCACAUUAUGGACUCAUCCGAUCAAAAGAGAUUGUACCACGAGUCAUCACAGAGACAUCAUAUGAUUGGUUUAAAUCGUUGUGGGCAACUCAAGUUCAUUUCUCGUAUUGUCUAGUCUACCAAUCACAUCUUCCACUUUCAUCAUCACCUCUUCUCGAACUAGUAGGUGAAGAUGAAAUAUCAUUUCUUCCAAAAUUGAAUCAUGUCGUUGGUAUUUGUAUAUAUAUUGAAACAACAGGAAACAUUGUAUAUUAUCUACCACUUAAUAAUCCUCAAGAAAAGAGUGUAAAAUAUCAAGUAACUAAAACUGGAAAAUUAAAUCAUAUAAAUGAUCCACUACAACAACAACAAAUUACAACAAAUACAACUACUGCUAUUGUCGUUGCCAAUAAUCAUAAUAAUAAACCAAUAAUAAUAGAUCAACAAAAUAAUACAAAUGAAUUUCUAGAGAAAUGUAGAAUAUUAACAAAAAUAAUAAUGGAAAAUCCAAACUCUUAUAAAUAUUUAUAUAAUUGUAGAGCUCAAAUUAAAAUGUUAAUGAGCAUGGAUAUUCAUGUUAAAAAAGGAAUAAUGGAUCCUAGGGUUGGGGCAUGGUUACUUGAUCCUGAUAAAUAUAAAGAUACAACAUUGGAUACUCUUGUUAGAGAGUUUAGUCAAGAUAAAAAAUUAUCUACAAAUGUUGAUGAAUUAAAUCAUUAUGAUAGAUCAUUUCAUCAUUGUUAUAGAUCAUUUGUUUUAAUGAAACAAUUAUUUACAAGAUUUCAUUUUAAUAGAGAUUUGUAUAAAAUAUUUAAUGAAAUGGAAAUGCCAUUAUUGGUUAUAUUGGCAAAGAUGGAGUAUAAUGGAAUUGGGUUUGAUGAUGCGACUUGUCAAAAUACAAAAUAUGAAGUACUCCAAAAACUACAAUAUAUUGAAGUCAAGGCAAGAUUGAUGGUUCCUGACUUGAAAUUUUCAAUGUCUAGCAAAGAGGACAUGUCAAAUAUCCUUUACAAUGUUUUGCGUGUGGUUGAUAUUCCAAAGGCAAAUAGAGGUAAAAUUGUGAAAAGACAUCAUUCUACCAAGGCGGCUAUACUCGAAGCAGUCCCAGAGGAAAAGGCUGCAUUUCCGAAAAUGUUGAUCGAAUGGAGAAAGUUGUCACAUCACCUGCUCAACUAUGUUCAUGUAUUAUUUAAAUUUGGUUAUUACAAUCCAGAUUACGAAAUGAUGAGAAUUUAUACAACCAUCAUGCAAACAAAUGUUCCAACUGGUCGUCUAGCAAUGACUUAUCCAAAUUUGCAAUCCAUUGCCAACGCAUUUACUUUUCGUGAAUCUCCCAUUUCAUUUAGUGAUGUAUCUACCAACAAUGUUAGCAAAGCAUCUUCAAGUGCUUCACAACAUUGUUCACCUCCCUAUGAUCAUCAUAAUGUUACAGUUGAUUAUUCCCCUUCCCCAAAUGAAAGUAAAAGUAUUGGUUCUUUAAGUACUUUAGAAUUAAAAGAAGAUAAUUGUAGAUUAAUUACAGUUAGAAUUAGAGAUUCAUUUAUACCAAGAAAAGGUUAUUUAUUUUUAUCAGCCGAUUAUAGUCAAAUUGAAUUAAGAAUUUUGGCACAUUUAUCAGAAGAUAAAUUAUUAUUGGAUGGAUUAAAUAAUCCAGAUUUUGAUUUUUUUAAAACCAUGUUUGUUCAAAUGAACAAAGGUACGAGGAUAGAGGAUGUAACUGCAGAGGAAAGAGAUAUAGCAAAGGAAUUAUGUUAUGGUAUUCUUUAUGGCAUGGGAACUUGGAGUUUGGCAAACAAAUUGGACCGGGACGAAAAGGAAGCCAGAAUAUUAAAAGAAAAAUUGUACAACACCUACCGCGAUUUAAUCAAGUAUAUUGAUAGUGUCAAGAAACGGUACCAUCAAGUAGGAUACGUCGAAACAUUUUAUCAUAGAAAGAGAUUUCUAGACAACAACACUAGAGACAAGGUAGAGAUUGAAAAGGAGAAAAGAAAGGCCGUCAAUUCUAUUCCACAAGGAACAGCUGCCGAUAUCAUCAAACAAGCAAUGAUAUCAAUUGACCGAAUCUUUGAAGAACAGAAAACACCUGCAUUGAUGGUACUCCAAAUCCACGAUGAACUUUUAUUUGAAGUUCGAGAGGAUUCAAAUGGAAGGAAUCAAAUUUUCAGAUAUAGUUUCAAUUCCAGUUAA